UUGAAGAUGUCAGCAGAUAUACCAUUAAAUAUUAAUAUCAAGGAACCCCGAUGGGAUCAAAGCACUUUUGUUGGACGAGCCAGUCACUUCUUUACUGUAACAGACCCCCGGAAUAUUUUGUUAUCUGAUGCCCAACUGGAAAAUGCAAGACAAAUUGUGCAUGAUUACAGACAAGGUAUCGUGGCACCUGGCUUGACAGAAGAUGACUUGUGGAGAGCAAAAUAUAUCUAUGAUUCAGCCUUUCACCCAGACACUGGUGAAAAGAUGGUCUUGAUCGGCCGAAUGUCAGCUCAGGUGCCCAUGAACAUGACUAUCACAGGUUGUAUGAUGACCUUUUAUAGAACGACACCAGCAGUGGUGUUCUGGCAGUGGAUUAACCAGUCCUUCAAUGCUAUAGUAAAUUACACGAACAGGAGCGGUGAUGCCCCAAUUACUGUCAGUCAGCUGGGAACAGCCUAUGUUUCUGCUACCACGGGUGCUGUCGCAACAGCUUUAGGGCUUAAUGCACUAACAAAGCAUGUCUCACCUCUUAUAGGACGGUUUGUUCCUUUUGCUGCUGUUGCUGCUGCUAACUGCAUUAAUAUUCCACUAAUGAGACAAAGAGAACUGAAGUUUGGAAUCCCCAUCACAGAUGAGAAUGGAAACAGACUGGGGGAAUCCACAAAAGCAGCUCAGCAGGCGAUUACGCAGGUGGUUAUAUCAAGGAUUCUUAUGGCUGCUCCUGGCAUGGCGAUUCCUCCCUUCAUAAUGAAUACAUUGGAAAAGAGAGCAUUUUUAAAGAGAUUUCCUUGGAUGAGUGCUCCCAUUCAAGUUGGAUUAGUUGGAUUCUGUCUUGUGUUUGCAACACCCCUGUGUUGUGCACUGUUUCCUCAAAAAAGUUCUAUGUCUGUAACACGCUUGGAGCCAGAAUUGCAAGCCAAGAUCCAAGAGAACAGCCCUGAACUAGAACGUGUAUACUUUAAUAAAGGAUUAUAAUUCAAGGAAGGGAAAAUAUCUUUCACAGAGGAUCUUGUGAACUUAUUUUUGAAUUAUGUGCCAACAUAGUUGAAAAUGAAAACAAAAGGACAAGUUAAAAGUGAGUUAAACAACUUUGAUCAUCCACAUUGUUUUAUAUUUAAAGACUUUCCUUGUUGUAGUGUUUAAAUUUCAGAAGGUCAUUUUGUCCACUUUGGUAUCAAUUAAAAGUUUAACCAUA